UCCUGUCACUUAGUGACAGUAUUUAUGUCUGUCUCUCACACGCGCCAGGGGUGCGGAGGCUGGUGUUGAUUCCUCUGAGACAAGAUGACAGAAAGAAUCUUGAUUCUUUUUGGAGUCUUGGUACUCGUAGCGGCGGUGAGUACGCAACGGUUUAAACAAGAAAAGGGGAGCAAGCGCACCGUAAUUUUGUCUCGGACAGUGAAAGAACAGACCCGCUCGCGGGAAAAAAGGGAUUCCAGGACCCGGGCUUCCAGCUUCUCUUCAUGCAUAUUAAAACUCCCUGCUUCGGACUGGAAGAAGUUGGAUCAAAACACUCAUGAGACUGCGUUCCAUGGGGAUGAUGGCUCUAGUUUUACACUCACAUGGGUUGGCGACGGGACCGGGGUGAUCCUUGUACUCUCAACGAUCAGUCCUCCAGUGGGUGUGGUUGUCGGAGGAGGGUCUUCCCGACUUUACAGGAGUCAGGACUAUGGGAAAACCUUUCAUGAUAUCUCCCAUGUCAUCAACAACACCUUAAUACGGAAAGAAUUUGGCAUUAGCACCGGGCCUGGCAACUCUGAAAAGGUAAUUCUCACCGGGGACGUCCCUGCCCUAGAAUCGAACGGAGGCAUCAUAUUCACGUCCACUGAUGCGGGCGUGUCCUUCAAACCAGUCCAGCUGCCGUUCCACCCCCGCCAGGCAAUCAGUUUCCAUUUCCAGAACCCCAACUACCUGGUUACCAUUAGUGAUGAUGGUGGGCUUUGGUUGUCUUUAGACUUUGGGCACAAGUGGAACAAACUCCAGGAGGGUGUUCAUUCUUUCAUGUGGGGUUCUGGCACCACUCUCUUCUUUAGCUACAGCCCCAACGGGACAGUGGAUGCUGACAGGAGGGGGGAGCUGUUCCUGAAAAGAACUGAAGACCUGGGCAGGACUUUCACCACCAUCACCCAAAAUAUCUUCUCCUUCGGCUACAUCGGGGGCUUCCUGUUCACCUCUGUCACAGAGAAGCAGGGAGAGCCCCGUGUCAUAUAUGUGUCCUCAAACCAGGGAGACAUCUUCAAUAAAGCCCAGCUGCCCUCUGCAACUAUUGAGCAGUUCUACUCUGUUCUCGACGGAGAUGAGGACAUGAUCUUCAUGCAUGUGGACGAUCCGGGAGUGGACACGUAUUGCGGCACGGUUUACACUUCUGACGACCGGGGAAUUCUGUACUCCAAGUCCCUGGAGCGCCAUCUGUUUGGCGGGGAGGGGAAGAGCGACUUCACCAACAUCACGUCCCUGAGGGGGGUCUACCUCACCAAUGUCCUGGAGAAGGAUGAUCGUAUUCGGACAGUCAUCUCGUUUGACAGAGGGGGGGAGUGGAGAUUACUCAGCAAGCCGGGGAAUGCAGAGUGUGGAAAGAACAUGAAAAACUGUAACCUGCAUAUCCAUGGAGAGUACAGUCGCUUUAACGGGCUGGCUCCAGUGCUGCCCCUCUCCGACCCCAGUGCUGUUGGCCUCGUCAUUGCUCAUGGCAGCGUGGGUGACUCUGUCACCUCAGCUCGGCCAGACGUGUACGUGUCGGAUGACGGGGGGUACACCUGGGCACGGACGCUGAUGGGACCCCAUCACUACGCCAUCCUGGACUCCGGCGGUCUCGUGGUCGCCGUGGAGACCCACGCCGAUCGCCUCAUUCACACCGUCAAGUUCUCCACAGACGAGGGGCAGUGCUGGAAGCUGUACAACUUCACUGACCAUCCCAUCUUCUUCGCUGGCCUGGCCUCUGAACCCGGCACAAAAACCAUGAACCUCACCAUCUGGGGGUACCGGCCUGAGGAGGAAUACCGGGCCACGUGGGUUGCAGUCACCAUCGACUUCCAGCCCCUGCUCCAUAGAGAAUGCGAAGAGCAGGAUUACAUAGAGUGGUUGGCACACUCCACUGCCAGUCGGGACUCGGACACCGAUGGGUGUGUCCUGGGGUACAGAGAGACCUUCAGGAGGCUGAAGAAGCAGUCCGUCUGUAGAAACGGGAGGGACUACGUUGUCCGCAGACAGCAGAAGCCUUGCCUGUGCACCAGGGAGGAUUACUUAUGUGAUUAUGGUUACUAUCGCCACGAGAACACCUCAGAGUGUGUGGAACAGACAGACUUCAGGGACCGCAUCUUGGAGGUGUGUUUAAACGGAGAGGAGGAGGAGCUUCAGACUUCAGGGUACCGUAAAGUCCCCAGCGACCGGUGUGAGGGAGGAUUCACUCCUUUGCGCAGAGAGAGGACCGUCAGCCAUAGCUGUGGGAGCACCAGCCCGGUGUCUGCUUCAGAAAUAAAUGGCCCACAGGCCACAGUCCUGGUGAUGGUGCUGUCUGUUUCAGUUGUGGUAGUAGCCUUGGCUGUUGCCGGCCUUUUCAUGGUCAGGAGGGGGCUGCGUACUGAAAGGAUGCCAGCAUACCGCUUCUCUGCUCUGCAGGUGCAGGAGGAUGACCGGUGUCCCUCCGUGGGCCGACAGACAGUUCCCUUCAACAAUGGAGGAAGUGACCAAAAUGACUCAGACGAGGAUCUCAUUGAAUGACUAGAACUGAAGCAAGAUCACUUUGGCGAAGAAAAGUGAUCUAUGUACAAUCAGCGUGCACAUCGUCUGAACAUGCACCAGCUGGAAGCAUGUUUGCUUGUGUGACUUCGAUUGGCCAUUUCCUUGCUUGUAUCGGCUUUCUGUUGUCCUCUGAUUACCAGUGGAGGUAUAAGGGAGGAUAGAUCAAUCAAAGACAUUUUCUUUACUGGACAACGAAAAGUAGUGUUAAGGCUUUACUUCUAAGAGUUAUUAAAUAUUAUUCUUGUUCAGAAUGCAUCUCAGGGUAUAUUGUGAAAAAGGGUUAUUUGUGGAUUACAGCCUCGUACUGUACUGUCAUGGCAUGUUUUGCUCUGUGAAAUUCACAAUUUAAAAUGGAGUGAUCAGAAGUAUCUCUAAACAUGAAAAUGACUGCACUGCUGUGAAAACAGUUAAAGUUGUCGUGACAGGAGUCACAUAUUGUUACAUAUCAAGAUUCUUGGAAUGAAGCUAGACUGAUAUGAGCAGGGACACCAGUUUUAUCUAGUGCUGUAUUUUUUACCUGCAAUUCAGCCACCUUGAAUGGAGGUCAAUGGAGCCUUCUUGUCAGUCAAAUAUCACACCCCUCCUCCCCCUCCCCACCCCACAGAAAUCUUCAUCAAUCAACAUUAAUAAGGACACAUGAUAAUUGACUUUCACAUGCUACUUUCACUGCAUAAAACUGUAGACAUGCAGCAGAUAUUUUAAAUGAGUUUGGCAGUAACAUUUCUUCCCUAAGUAAUAGGAAAUUAUAUUAGCAACACAAAAAUAGUUGAAUAAGACUGAUCAUAAUAAUUAAAUACCCCUCAACGUACCCCUGUAUUAAGUCAAUUUAGUGCUUUUAUGAGGGCACAGUUGGUCAAUAACUGUAUAUUUAUGUGAUAGUGAUAAUUCAAAACAGUGACCUCAAGGGGGAUCACAUGCUCUAGAAACUGGUGUCCCUAGGUAUGAGGAAGUAAGGUGUCAUAAAGAAGCAGUUUAGUUAAUGUUUUUUUUUCUGUCUAACCCAACUGAACCUAGUUUUCUUUAAAAAAAAAAAAAAAAAAAGAAUAAAAAAAUCAUGAUGUAUAUGCUAACAUGGUAUCAUGAUAGUGUAAAUUUGUGUAAAUGAAUCACAUUUGAAUCACAGAUUGGUGAGUGUGGAUCUAGAAAAUGCUUUUUAAUUAUAAAAUUUGUUGUUACAGAGACCCAUGUUAUUUUCUGACCUUCUUACCCCUGAAUUGCAGUUUUCUUCACUGCCAAAUACUUAUGAGGUUUGUCUUGUUUUGAGACUGAAAAUGAAAAAAGGUAUGAUUCAUAAAGCUGGUUUGUAAAAAAUACAUAUUUACAAAACCAACUGGAAUGUUAAAGCCUUUGUUGGCUUUUAAACUUAAUUUAUAUUAUUUUUAUUUAAAUUUCUGCUAUAAUUGAUUUUGUUGUGUUCAUUUUCAGCAAUUUGAAGAAUUUAUUUUGUUCAGACUGAUAAAUAAAACUGAUCCACAUUUAAAUUUU